AUGGUAUCAGAGCCAAUGGAAGAAGAAGAAGAACUAAGAGGUGGUGACAAGAGAGAGUACCAUCAACUUUCACAAACAUAUUCACAAGAAGAAGGCUCCAACAACGAUGAAGAAGAUAGGAAAUCUUCUCUAGAGGCAAUGGAGAAAACGGAUGUGGAUUUGGAGCUGUGGAAGGAGAAUUCUGAAACUUUGUUCAACAACGUCUUGGUGAAGCGUAAGACGGGAAAGCGGCCUGUUAAGACUACAACACAAAGGCGUGGAGAAAAGUUUGUUUCAAAAGGAAGAAACAAAGGGGGCAACAAAAGUCAAAAGAAGGCCGAGAAAUGGUGUGACUUUUGUACGUGUGACGAUUACUUUGAGAGUGAUUGUUGGAAAAAGCAACACAGGGAUGUUAGCUUGCCUACGGGUGUAAGGUGCUUUGUGCGUAACAAGCCAUGGCACGUGGUGAAGAACUACAAGGUUAGGAAGGCCGAGAGAGCGAACCUAAGCCUAGAAGAAACAAACGAAGAGAGUGACAAUGAAGGUCACGUUGAAGAAAGAUCAUCAUCAAACGUGAAUGAUGAGACUGUAGUUAUGUUGAUAGGCAUAAGUGAAGAGUUACAACACUUAUAG